AUGCUGGAAAAAUUCAAACUGAACAUCCUGUUGCAAGGCCUGACUCUGUUUCUGUUAGGCCCGGCCUGCCAAGCCUCUUCUCUGGGACUGACCGUCAGUGUUGUGCCACUGGAUAGCAAUGGAGGGAAUACGGUGGAAGCUUAUUUCAGUGCCAUUGCUCCCAAUCCAUGUCCAAAUUUGUCUGGACUGUGUGCUGUAGGGGAGAACUGUCGAGUCUACGCUACCUCGCAACCUUUUUCUGGCACCAAACCCAGUCCUGGCUGGUGUGUUCGCCAGUGGCAGAAAACUGUCCCCAGUAAUUUCACUGGCACCAUCAAGUUAGGGUCCACAGAAAUGUAUGUAUCAAUAAAAGCAGGACCAAUAGUUCGAGCAAACAGCGGGAGACUCAACCAACCUGCUUUUGUUGCUCUCCCUCCUCCCCUAAGGGCCCUUGUGAACUGCCCUCGCAACUUCUAUCUGUCAGUGAAAGAUCUGGAUGGUGACAAGGUGCGAUGUCGCUUUGCCAGCCACAAGCAGGGAGAGUGUCUGACCUGCACUCAGCACUCUUUUAUAAAGCUGGAUGAGGGGAAAUGCAUGUUGACAUUCACUGGAGAAGCACCAGCAGGACAGUAUUUCAUCUACCUGAUGGCAGAGGACCUGAUUCCUGUGCCCAUGAUAAGGCACGUCACAGAAAACAAACCCCUCAGCUCUGUCCCUGUGCAACUCUCUCUUACUGUGGAGGAGUCAAAUUCCAUCUGCACGGGUGAACCUGUGACAACAGGUGAGACCCCCAAGAUGGGCUCCACGCUGUUUGUCCUGCCAUACCAGGAAGUGCAAUUCACCGUCAACUUUAUGUCACAGCUGGAGAGUGUUUUAGAAGUAGCAGUGGUUGGGCCCCCAGAACUCUACAGGGUUGGUUUUACCUCAAUCGCCUCCCAGGCAAUGAUGACCAUGGCCUGGAUCCGUACUGAAAACCAACUGACCCGCCUAUUACCAAUCUGCUUUGCUGCAAAUUCCAAGAGUUUGCAGUCAGAGGCCAGAUGUGUGUGGCUGUUCCAAAAGGAGAUGACAACAUUACCUGCUGGAACAGAGCUGAAGUGUGAUAAUGCAAAGAUGACUCUGGUGCUCCCUGUCAGCUCCCUGACCAACAUCAACCUUGCCGAGCUGCAGCUCAACAGCCCCACCUGUCCCGUCACCUACAACAGCACACACUUGACUGCACACAUCCCCUUGAAUGGCUGCGGCACCAAGACUGUGCAAUCAGGUUCAGAGCUGGUUUACACCAACACUUUGCAAAGUGUGCGUCCAUACACUAAAGUCAGCCGCCUGCCUUCCCUCAUCCUCCCUCUGGCCUGCCGUAUCCCUGGAGUCCAGGCCAAGGGACCGCUAUACAAUGUCAGCAUGCCCAAAGAGGUAGAGAUCUUCGGUGUGGUUAGGUAUUGGAUAGAAAUUUACCUCCCAGGACAGGGGCCUGCGACACAAUCCACACGUUCUCUCCGCCUCUUGCCACAACGAUUGCGUCGGGGAGCUGGAUUACCAUCAAAGAUCAACACCACCUCUACUAGCUCCAUUAAUAGCACCUCCACCAGCUCAAUUAACAGGACCUCCACCAGCUCCCCCAGCACUACCAGCUCCCCCAACACCCACAGCUCCACUUUAGCCACAACCAGCUAUGCCAUCGGGUCCAAAAUCAACCAACUGGACAUCUACGUGUUGUCCAACUGCAGCAUUGGUGGAGCACAGAUGAUUGUGAGCAAUUGCAUAACCUCUAAUACAUCGGACUUCGCUGAAACUAUGCCCUUUCUGAACCAAGGGUUAGUGGCAAUUGACUUGUUUCAUGUAAUAGUUUGA